CCUAUCUCCAAAUGAAGACGUUGAGGAAAGUCUAUAUCACAGGAGAUGUCACUGGAUGUAACAGUAAAACAAACUAAAACCCGCUGGGCCAGUUGCUGGGACCAAUUCCAGCGGGAGGUCUCAAAUAAAGGCCGUAGUGGAAAGAGUACCUCAAGGAAGCGGCCCUACAUACACACUGCACAGUUGCAGUUUUUAAGACCUGUAAUGGAUUUGAGGCCUACUGUGGACAGUCUGGAUCCUUCUGAAGAAUCUGACUCGGCUGGGAGUGAAACCCCCUGCGAUUUUUUUUCCCCAGCAACCAGUCCAGCACCUACGCCGGCAGAGGACCCGGAGGAAUCAACACUGGCCCAGGACCCCCUACCACUGGCCAGUCCACCCCGUAUAAUUCAGCCCCAGCCCAGAUGUCGCCGCCAAGUCCCUCCCUCUACCACCGGGCAAGAGAGUCGUGAGGUCAUUGACGCACAUGUCAUAGAUUUUCUUGCCCAGAGGCGGAGUGAUGGUGUGGAGGAGAAGAUGCUAAGGGGACUAGGGCCCCUAAUGAAGCAAGUAAAUGCAAACGAGCAUCACAAGUGCGUGCCUUCAUUAGCAGUCGUCCUAAAAAUGUUCUCAUUACCAAAUCAUGGCGACAUUCUCGAAAAAUUGAAUUCUAUGAAGAUUGAUUUAGAGAAUGCCUGCCAGCCCCAAAGACCCGGACCCUUUCAAUUUCAACCACAACCCACCCAAGUGCCUUCUUUCACCCAACACCCCCAGUACGGCCUACCCCAUGGCCAAAUGCAAGGUGCGGGUCAGCCCCUUUACCCGGGCAGUUUGCAAACUGGCCCACCACAGCAGGCCCAGGGAAGGCCACGGUCCUCUUUUCCAGCGGGGUCCUUUACUCAAGACCUUCUGGAUUUGUGAUUUAUUUUUUAAAAUAAUUGUUUUAUGUUCUUAAAUUGUUUUGUGCAUAAUGUACAAACCAUUGUCUUACCUUACC